AUGUCACGUGCAAAAAGAGCAGUGAAAGUAAAGUCAUAUGCCGAAAAAGAUGGUGAUUCAGAUGAUGAUUUUGUUUCGUUGUCGAAUGAUACAAAAAAACGUCGAAGUAUAGAUAAUAAAAAAAGUGAUCCAUCAGCAUCUACAAUAACUAUUUCUAAACGAAAUGAAUCAAAAACAAGAGCAAGAAAAGAACGAAUGACAAAAGCUGAACAAGACGAACUGGAUCGUGCGCUUAAAAUCUCUUUGAACGACUCAACCGUCUUGGCUACAAUGUCAGUUGACAAUGAUUGUGAUUCUGUUAAAUCCACCGAAAUCCCCGCGAUAAUAACCAAUGAGGAAAUUAGUCAAAAUGAUACAAAAACUAAGAAUGAAAUGGAAGUAAAUGAUACCGAAUCGACAAAUAUCAUAAAUGAUGAUGAAACGAGUAAAGGGAGCACUUCUGAUGGCGAUGACGAAAACCAUAAAACGAAGAAAACCAUAGAAAAACAAACAAAUGUUGAUGCUGCAGUUAAUAAUGAGCAAAAUGAUAAAGAAAUGGAAUUGGAGAAUGAAGAAGACGAAGAGAUUGUACAAAAAUCAAAAUCGAAAACAACAAAAACAACAAGAAAAAUCACAGCAAAACAACAGAUAGAAGUUACUGUACCAUCAGUCGUAACUGAAACAAUGUCCGAAAUCGAUCUAAAUGCGCCACGAGCAUCAAGACAGAAAACAAAUUUAUCAUCAUUAAGUAUAACAACAACGUUAACAUCGACAUCAAAAGGUCCUCUUGGUUUUCCAACAAGCAAAAUUGUUGUUCAAUCUCCUGGUGUUCAUCGUUUUAAAACAACAAUGAAAAAUCCAGUUGUAUCUAAUAAUAUUGACGACGAUGGUUUUUAUUCAACACAAAACGUGACAAAGAAUAAAAAGGAUAUUGUUGUUCAUCCACAAAAAGAAAAAAAAACUCGAACAAGGAAAACAACAGUUGAUGAAAAUAAGAAAAAAUCUGAAACAGAUGCAAAGAAAAAGUCGAUAUCAACAACUAAAGUAUCGACACAAAUAGUGAAAGUUAAUCGAACAGAUCAAGAUCUUGAUAUUGAUGAUAAUACAGAAAUUAUAGAAAACUAUCCGGCUAUGGGUUAG